AUGGCUACUUCUACAAACACAAAAUCAAAAAAUUCUUUAAAAUGUGUUGAAUGGAUGUGGCAAUCGAAUACAGAUCCAUUGGCAUCAAUUGAGCCAGCAGAAUGGAGUCAUUACUCUGAUGUAGAAAAUUUAAUUAUUGAACGUGCAUAUACAAAUGGACAAGAACGAGCAAUUUUGGAUGAUUAUUAUAUUGAUUUCAAAGCAAAUAGACAAAUAUCAAAUACAGAUAAUGAUAAGCAAAGACCUAUAAAACGAAUAGUUCGUAAUAGAGAAGAUAAACAUUUACGAGAAGAACGUUUUGUAGAUCUUCCUAUUACUAUAGGACGUUCCUAUGGUGGUGAAUACGGUUGGGUAUCACCAUUUGUUAUUGAAGCCAGAAGAGAUCUAGAACUUGAACCAGAAGAAUUACCAUCAAAAAAACCAGAUUUAAUUCCAAUCCUGGUUGAAAAGGCUGCUGAAGGUAUUAUUAAAGAAGGUAAACAUAUUGGAAAAGAACAACAAGCUAAAGAAUUGGCAAAUAUGCUUCGAGAACAAAAAGAUAACGGAAUCGAACAAGUAUGGCAAUGCUGCGCUUAUAUAUAUUCAUUAGAAAGUUUUCUUUAUAAAACUUUAAAUGCAACAAUGAGACUGAUUGGAGAUAAAGAUCAUGAGCAUGUAUGGAGAAGUAAAAUUCGUACAUUGGGACCAUUUUGUUUAUUACUAUGGGAUGAUCCAUUUAAUAAAAAAGCAAAAAUAAAGAAAACACUAUAUCGAGGAGCAUAUCUCAAUGGUGAACAAAUUGCUAAAUAUAAAUUAAUGAGCAAAAACUCCUACAAUUAUGGUUCAUUUCAAGCAUUUACAUCAUGUAGUCGUAAUCGUAAAAAAGCAGAAAAUUUUGGAAAUGCUUUAUUUAUUAUGGAAAUUGUUGUUGCUUUUACUGCGGAUCUUGCUGAUGUAUCUGAAUAUCCUGAAGAAGAAGAAGAACUUAUUACACCAGGUGUUUCUUUUUGGGUUACAAAAGUUGAAUUGGAUCGAAAGAUAAAUAAACAUUUAAUUUACUUAAGACUAAGACAACGCUUCUCGGGUAAGUAA